GGGGCAGCAGUGCGCACAUAGCGUAUAGUUUACGGUACCGGAAAUCAACCAGAGAGAGAAGAAGAAGAAGACGGAAAAGAAGAGGCUCCGCUUGUUAGCUAGCUACUGCUGGGAAGUAGCGACAAAUUUUCAGGAUCUUAUCAUGAGUUAUGCAGAGAAGCCUGAGGACAUAACGAGGGAAGAGUGGAUGGAUAAACUCAACAAUGUCCACAUUCAGAGAGCGGAUAUGAACAGGCUCAUAAUGAACUACCUGGUGACAGAGGGCUUCAAGGAGGCAGCGGAGAAAUUCAGGAUGGAGUCUGGAAUAGAGCCCAGUGUGGACUUGGAUUCCCUCGACGAAAGAAUUAAGAUCAGAGAGAUGAUCCUGAAGGGACAGAUCCAGGAUGCCAUAGCACUGAUCAACAGUCUGCACCCAGAACUGCUGGAUACCAAUCGUUACCUCUACUUUCACCUACAGCAGCAGCAUCUGAUUGAGCUGAUUCGUUUGAGGGAGACCGAAGCGGCCCUUGAAUUUGCCCAGUCACAGUUAGCAGAGCAGGGAGAGGAGAGCCGAGAAUGUCUGACUGAGAUGGAGAGGACGCUGGCCCUGCUGGCGUUCGACAACCCAGAGGACUCACCUUUUGGGGAUCUGCUCAAUAUGAUGCAGAGACAAAAGGUAUGGAGUGAAGUGAAUCAGUGUGUGCUAGACUAUGAAAACAGAGAGUCAACACCCAAGCUGGCCAAGCUCCUGAAGCUGCUGCUGUGGGCUCAAAAUGAACUUGACCAAAAGAAAGUGAAAUAUCCCAAAAUGACAGACCUCAGCAAGGGAACCAUUGAAGACCCCAAAUAAGGACCCACAGUGAAAACAUACAACAGCAUUACAAAAUGGACACAUUUCCUUUAUCUAUUUAUACCCCAACAACCUGACUCAUAUAGAGUACAACCUUU